UCGACACCGUUACGAUCGACAGACACAAUGGAGAAAUCGGUUUUCUUCUUCUGUGUGUUUUCAUGUUGGAUUAUGCAAAUCACAUCCAAUGAUGCGUCAGUACGAGGGUCUUAUGAUCUGCUGAGGGUUCAGAUGGGAGAAAACAUCAGUCUGAACUGCAGCAUGAGAAACCGAUAUGAAGUCGCCUGGUAUCACCUCAAUUCUGAAAAACUAGAUCUAUUGAUUUCUGUGAAGAAAGACAAAACUGGAAGAAAUCUCCUGACCAACUAUGAUCCAAACAGCCCUCGUCUGAAACUUACUGCAGACACAAGGAUCACCAGAGUCUCUCUAGAGAUUUCUGGAGUAACAGAGUCAGAUUUGGGCAUUUAUUUCUGUGGAACAAAGUCUGAUGCUCCAGAGAUGUUCUUCGACAAACCCAUCAGACUAGAGAUCGAGGGUCUUUCUGUAACAGAAAAGCCUAAAGAAGUUGACAUCACAGAUGGAGUGACUACGAUCGAGAGGGCAUUGAUGUUUGGUGGUGUUGGUCUGGCUAUUGUUGUGUUUUUUCUGGCUACAGUCAUUGCAGGAGGAAUCAUUCACUAUCGCGGCUGGCAGAAAGGAUGGAGCGCAGGCAAACGCUCAUCUCUGAUUCAGCACAAAUCGGCUAAAUGACACAUUUGUGUGCUUUAUUUUACUGUCUGAGCUUUGCACUGCCAGCUAAACCAGCAUUACUGUAGGUUACCACAAAAUAAAACAGAACACUGUGGCCUAAAUUCUUUUCCUGUUGGCCAGAUCUACUUUCACUUCAGAGAAACAGAGAUGUUUUGUCAGAUGUCACCUUUUUCAGCCCCAGUGAAACAUGGAUUGUUGUGGUUAUUAUUCAGGUUUGUGCAGUUUAUUUGUGCUUGUCAAUAAUAUUCAGUUAAAUAUAAAAGUGCUGUUACUGCUACUGUUUUUAAUGCAACAAUUCAAUAUCAAUACACAAUAUUCAAGCUGGAGUUGCAUGUUUUAAGCAUUUUUACUUUAAUAUAGAGACUGAGCCAAAGUCCUUAUUAAAAAAGAACAGCAGAUGGCUUCUGUCACAGUCAAUGCAUAUGCUUUAAAAUCAUUAGAUCAGCAGGACUUGUGUUAAAAAAGUGCUUGUAUGUUUAGACAUGAUAUAUUUAUCUAGACUAGCAUUAAUAUGUACAUGUAAGCUAUUUUCAAGAGAAAAUAUAAAUGUAAAUCUCUUCUAUGGCACAUAAAUCUUGAUUAAAUUAAACUGCGAACAGAUUAAUGUUAAAUGUAUUAUUUAGAGUUCAAAGCAGUAAAACUGAGAAACUGUGUGUUUGUGCAUUUUCUGACACAAAACCAGAUCAUGCCAUUUCUCUUAAAACACAACCGUCCUCAAACUUACAGAAAAACGGGUUUCAACCCUUUUCAACAACAAGCUGAGGUUAAGAGAUGAUGUUUUUUUUUUUUGGCAAAUAAAGCUUGAUUAAAUAAAAAUGUGUUCAAUGAUAAAUGAGUUGUUGAGAGUUCUGAUGAAAUA